AUGAUAUUCAAGUCUCUUUAUCAGUCUAAAUUCAUAUAUCGUCAAUUUCAUACAAGUUCACCAAGACAUAUUCAUCCAUUGAUAUGGGUUUUUCUUAAACCAGCACUUAAAGGUGUUGCUUGGAUAACUGGCAGAUCAACAAGAAAAUGGUAUCGACAAUUACCACCAGAAAAACGAUCAGUUUUUGCUGAACAUCUUAAUCGACAUAAAUAUAAAUAUAUUGGAAUAUUUGGAACAAUAGGAACUGCUUGUGCUAUUCAUUAUUAUACUCAUCUUGAAACAUCACCUAUAACUGGACGAAGACGUUUUAUGAUGAUGAAUGCUGAACAUUUAACAUUAAUGUCCGACAUGGAAAAAGAAAAGAUUGCAAAAAUGUUUUCUGAUCAAAUGUUCCCUGAACAUAGUAAACAAACUCAACUUGUAGCUCGAGUAGCAAGACGAAUAAUUGGUGCUAAUAUGGAUUUAGACAAUAUUAGAAAUAUAAAAUGGACUGCUCGAGUUGUUGAUGUAGAUAUCAAAAAUGCAUUUGUCUUACCGACCGGUGAUAUUUAUGUUACUCGAGGACUACUUGAGACACUGAUAAAUGAAGAUCAAUUAGCAAUUAUUCUUGCUCAUGAACUUUCACAUGCACUUUUAGGUCAUUCUGCAGAAAGAUUAUCUUAUCUACAAUUAAUCGAUAUGUUUGCGAUAUUUGGAGCAUAUAUUAUCUGGUCUAUCUUUCCGCGUGAUUGGAUUUCAUUUGUAGUAAAUUAUAUAUUUGAAAAUUUUAUAACAUUUACAUCACGUUUACCUUAUUCUCGACUAUUGGAAGAAGAAGCUGAUGAAGUUGGUCUUAUGUUAGCAGCAAAAGCUUGUUUUGAUGUUCGUGAAGCUGUUGCUUUAUGGCGAGUAGUUCAUGAAGCUGAAAUGAAUGCAGCACUCCCAGAAUUUAUUUCUACACAUCCAGCAAGUGCUAAACGUGCUGAAACACUUAAUGAAAAACUUCCUUGGGCACUUGAUAUACGCCGUCAAUGUCAUUGUUCUCCGUUACCAGAAAAUAAACCACCAGUUAGCAAACUUAAUAUUUCAAAUAAUCCAAAUGAAAAGGUAACGGGAAUAUUGGCUAAACCAAUUGUUUCCGUUCAUAAUAUUCCUGUGAUUAACGUUAAUAAAAAAGAAUAA